AUGUAAUGUAAUGUUAAAUUUUCGUCCAUGCGGUCUGCUGCCAGGUUGUAACGAUCGCUAAGUCCUACUUUCAGUUUGUUCAUGGAUUAACUAAAGUAAUUAUACUUCAUGAAUCACCACAUAGGUUCCUCCUCUACCUGAAUGGUGCUACACUAGUUACCUCAGAUCAUGCAGAUCAUUAUAAUUGGAGUUUCUGGGUGUGGAAAAACAACAGUUGGACAGGCACUGGCAAAGAAGUUGAAUCUGCCCUUCCGUGAUGCUGAUGAAUUCCACUCUACAAAAAACAGGGAGAAGAUGUCACAAGGACAACCGCUGACAGACAAGGACAGGAUUCCUUGGUUGUCAGAAAUACAUCAGUACAUGCAGAGUUUGGAGUCCCAAAAUAAAGAUGGAGUUGUUACCUGCUCUGGUCUCAAGAAACUGUACCGACAUAUUCUUCUUAGAGGUGUUGAAAGUGACGAUCCCAAUUCCCAGUCUUCGUCUAAGAAAUGUUUGAAUAAAUCAUCUGUGUUAUUUGUACUUUUGCAUGGGAAAGAGGAGACACUACAGAGAAGAAUGGAUUGCAGAAAGGACCAUUUCAUGCCAGCUUCACUUCUGCCUUCCCAACUGGCCACGUUAGAACACCCUGACGAUACAGAACACUAUAUUAUUGUAGAUAUCGACAACACUGUCGAUGAUAUUGUGAGUCGGAUCAUUACAGCUGUACAAACAUCUUAACAGCAUGGGAAUUAAUUAUACUGUGAUUAUUAAUUAGACUGUGAUUAUUAAUUAGACUGUGAUUAUAUGUCAGAUUAUCAGAGUCCUUCAGCAAUCUUUCAUGUAAACAUAAUAAUAGACAAUUGACAAAACUUUAUUGAUGACAUUAAGUAAUAUACAUGUAUAUGAACCGUUUUAUAAUUUGUAUUGAUCAAGUCCAUUUUUAAUAAAUAUUUCAAAAUUUCUGGACAAACCUGUUCAAUAGUGAAAAAAUAAACAAAGACUAUG